CGCGCUCUAUCUGCUUUUCUCUCUCUAAAAACAAAAACGAAAGACUUCCUGCUCCGAGGUUGCGACCCUUUCUCUCUCACGCACACACCUACUCACUUACAUUACACACUUCACAAAUUACACCACCAAAAACAGCACAACUCGCAACACAUAAAGGUUUCUUGAAGGUUCCACACUAAUUCAAAUUGCAUUGCAACGGCGUCGUUUUUGUUGUGUCGUCCAUCAGGACUGCCUAGGGUUUGAUGGAUUCAACGGUAGAUAUUCAGGCGGAGCUCAGAUCGGACGGUGUGGGAGAGAAGAGGCCGGCGGCUGAUGAUGUGGAAUUGGAGGAAGCACCGGCUCCGAAGAAGGCGAGGGGUAGUAUGGUGAUAGGGACUAUGAAGAAGGUUGCUGAAAUGGUGCUUGUACUUGCUGCUAUGGGUAAGAUACGAGGAGGUAGGGUUCCUACUGCUGCUGAAACGGAGAUGAUGGCGGUGGCAAGGGAAAAAUUGUCUCUUGUAUGCCAAACUUUCGCACCCAAGGAUGUGUUUCCACGCGAUGCUUUUGGUGCUGUCAUUGAGGAUCUUGGUCUUAAUAAACUGAAAGAACAGAGGUUAGGGUUUCGCCCUCCCAAAAUGUCCAUUGCUGACAAGUUACUGAUGGCUAAAAGAAAGUUGGAAAAAACUGAGGAAUUUUCUGUACCCUCUGCCACAUAUUCAUCUCAACGACCUCAAGCUAAUAUGGCUACAGCAAUUGAAAACCGUGGUUCAUCACAUGUUGCCCGUAUGGUUCCUCCUGAUAAGCCGAGUCAUGUGAUAAAUCCCUCUGGAAGCUUCCAACCUGCUUCACCUUUGGUUCAUGGAACUUCGGCAACCUCUGCGCCUUUACCUUAUCAACUGCCUACCAGUGAGGUCAGGCCAGUAAUCUCUAGUGGAGUUGUCUCUGGUAAUCCUGUAAGGGAUUCUUCUCUAGUUGCAUUGCCCAGAGUUGAAAGGCCAAAUUUCAGAAUGGAUGGACGACCAAAUGGAUAUUCCCAUACAUUGCAAGUUCAAGCAACUUCUGGAGAUCACUCAGGUGUAAGAACCCCAACCUGGUCGGUGCAACCUGCGUCAGUUCCAGCAGCUAAACGUGGACCAGAUAACAGGAUGACAGCGCAGACAGCUAUUAAAGUUGAAGGAGGAGCUGAUGCCAAAUCAGGUAUGGCGCCCCAAAUAACAGCAUCUAGGCCAUUUAUUUCUCAGGCCACAGCCGGAAAUCCACCAACUAUUCACCCACGUUUACAAGGAACAAGCUUUGUCCAGUCUCCUCUGAGCAAUUCUCAUGCUGAAAUUGGCAAGAUUGUUCAGAAGUUUCUACAACCCCGGCUCUCGGAGCGGCCUGCCUGGACUCCGCCGUCUCGCGACUAUAUGAAUGAGGCUUUGACUUGCCAAAUGUGCAAGUCAACGAUAAAUGAGGUUGAUAAUGUACUUGUUUGUGAUGCUUGUGAGAAAGGGUAUCACUUAAAAUGUCUCCAGACGACAAAUCAAAAAGGAGUUCCUAGAGGGGAAUGGCAUUGUGGAAGGUGCUUAUCGAUGACUAAUGGGAAACCGCUGCCUCCUAAAUAUGGUCGUGUAAUGAGGAAUAUCAAUGCCUCUAAAAUGUCUACAAUUGCAUCAGCUGUUCAAUCAUCACCAGAUAAAAAAGCUUCUGGUCCAGAUGAGAAGGUCAUUCAGCAGAAGAUAAUAGCAAAUGGAAAGGUUCCUUUGAAGAACUCUCCUUCCAUUACUAUGGCAAAUAACGAUAGAAAUCUACCAUCUGAGCCAAAGAUGGAUAAUGACAAAGAAAUAGGAGGAAAUAUUAUCACAUCAGGUAAAGAAAAUAUGGAGAAUAAAGAUUCCUUGAGAUCCUGUUCAAAUAAUCUGACAGUCAUUUCCAGUGAUAAGUGCCUUGCUACAUCUGCUAGUUCAUCAGUUGAUAGAUCUUGUGAAGAGAAAGUGGUCGAAUUGAAACCUCAGGCUCCUGUGAAAUCUGAGACAGUUUGCCAUUCGUCUGAUCCCUCGCAAGCUCUUAAUCACCUGCAAGCUAAUGACUAUGCAGGGGUGGCAAACACGACUGAGAUGCCAUCUGAGCAGUAUCAUGAAACUCAGCCCAUGGCCAGUGAUGCUAGAGAAUACAGCGGUAGAGCAAGUGUAGGUAACAGUUCAAGUGAUGAAUCUAAAAACGUAGACCAAGCUGUUGGGCAAAUAAAUCCUGCUGAAACUUCUGUAGCCAACAACAGGGAUGCUGAGUGUGGUAGCUCAUCAUCUGAGCAACUUCAAAAUGUUGACUGGAUUGGAAACGUUCUUCAAGUUGCAGAUGACAAGUAUUAUUAUCACUCUUGCCGCAUUAACGGAUUCAUAUAUAAUGUUCAGGACUAUGCUCUUGUUCGUUUUGAAAAUGAGAGAUUGAUUCCUUCAAAGCUUCUGACUAUGUGGGAGGACAAAAAAGCGGGAACAGAGUGGGUUACUGUCAAUCAAUGUUACUUUGCACGGGAAUUACCACAAUCUGUAGGCCGCCCGUGCGUGGAGAACAAUAAUGAGGUUUAUUUGUCUACUUAUAUUAGCGUAGUAAUGGCUGGCUCGAUACAAGGCCCGUGUGAAGUACAUCCUCCAAGAAAGUUUACCGAGGAAAGUGAGAGGAGAGCUCGCCUAGCAAAGGGGUCUAAUGAUGUAUCACGACCUCUUUACAUAUGCAAAUGGAUAUAUGAUGAAUCAAAAGGGCUAUUUCGUGAUAUCUCUUGUUGAUAGAGGUCAGAUGAUAAUUAUCUGUUUAUUGCAACUGCUGCUUGGCUCGUGGCUUCUAUCAGCUUGUUGCAGCACUGACCCCUUGACAUUUGUGGAGGAAGUCUCAGAUGGUGUACAAUAUUUAGCUCUAGGUCCAACCUGUAUCAUUCUUCCAGUAAUUGUGUCCUGACCCUCCAGUUUUUUCUAUUUUGUUAGAUUAUAGUAAUUUGAAGAGUGAGAGACAAAUCCUUUUAUAUGUUGUAAGUUGUAACUGCCAUCCCAAUAGAACAGUAGGUUAAAUAUCAUUCAUCCGGCAAAGUAUGAAAUAAAAAUGCCCUUGCUUUUGGCAUUCCAUUUUACAU